AUGACCAACAUAGCGGAUUCGGUAUUUGAAACAGCCACUGCAGAGAUAUCUCCAGUUAAAACAUGCGAAAUUAUCACUGACAAUAACCCGGCAGUUACUGAAUCGACCCCGUUGAAAUAUCUCAGUUGGUCGUACAAUACUUUUACCAACGAUAUGAAAGGGGUUAAAGCGGACAUAACAGUUAUGCAAAAACAAAUAACAUCUAUAAACAAUGUUAUUAACUCUACCAACGCGAUUAUAGAAUCUAUUAGUAAGGUUUUGGACUCCACCGAAAACCGUCAAAUAUCGUACGACACCAGAAUGGAGACCUUGCUUAAGGAGUUUUCCAUAAUUUUAGACGAGAAAAACAGAGCGAUAAACGAGCGAGAUAUCACUAUCAAACAGCUUCAAGCGAAUUUGUCAGAAAUUGAAAAUGAAAGAAACUCAUUAAAUCUUAAGAAUUUACCAACAAAGCAUGUUGACAAUAAAA